AUGUAAAAUAGAAAUAUAAUAAUCUUUUCACCUAACUAAUAGGAGCUAUAAGAAAAUCAAUAAUGUAAGAAUAAUUUAUGAUUAUUACUUUAGCUAUUGAAAAUCACACUUAUUAAGCUUAAAGUAUAAAUGCAAUUUAAUACUAAUGUAAAAAUUAUAUUUAUCUUAUCAAGAUUAAAAUAUGUAACAACCUCAAAUAUAAAGAAUCAAGUUAGAAGAAGGUGUUCAAAAACAACCUCUAAUAAAAAUCAGAAAUGAUAUUUAAAUCAAUUUAGAGGUGAAAUAUUUAAGUGAUAACAGAGAUAAGGAUAUUUUUAAAAAAUUUUUUAAUCUGUGAGUGAUGACAUAAAUGCUAAUAAUUAGCAAUAUAAUCUAUAUCCUUAUAUCAAAGAUGAUCAAGUUAUUUUUUAAUUCUGGAAAUUUGAAUUUAAGGGCUAAGGAAAUUUUUAAGAUAGAUACAUUAGUGGUUUUAAUAUUAUUUGAUAAUAAUAGGUAUUUUGAAGUUGAAACCCGAUCAUCCAUUGAGUGCUCCAAUAUUCUAUUUUGAUCCUAUUCACACAGACUAAGGAGAUGAAGUAAUUUAGAAUGAAAGUGUUUAUGGAGGUACAAAAGAAUUAAAUAUUUUAAAGAUCAUUCUUUGUGCAUUCCUUUAUUUUCAUAUUGGAAGAAGACCACAAAAGAAUAAGAAAUAUUAUAAGCUAUUGAAUAGAAUUUUAAUAACCCUAGUUGGUCAUAAUCUGAUGUACCUGCAAACCCGUUGUUUGCUUAUCAAAGUGAAUAAGAAAAAUAAAAAAUCUAAAACAGACAAGCUCAAUUCUUACCAUUUUUUGAAAAAUAAAUAUGA